AAAUCAGUGUGUUAACUCAUUCAAACUGCCAACAGAGUGAAACCACUCUGUUCAGCUGUUCAUUUUGCUUUAUUCUACAUUUGAUUUUUAUUUGAUCUUUCAGUUUCCCAAAGAAAAUGUAUUGCUUAUCAUUAUUUAACUUUCUUCAGUUCCUGUACACAGUAUUUAGUGAGUUAACUAGUGUAUUAACAUGACUGUAUUUGCAAUUUGGAAAGAUGUGUGCAGACGUCACUGUCAUGAUAAAAUCACAGUACGGUCAGGACUCUUCAAUAGAUGACUCAAAAAAUGGCAACUCUCUCUGUCAAACCACAUGAAGUGUAAAAGGUCAAUUAAGAAGUCUGUGAAAGCAUCAGGAUGUUAUUCAUUUCCUCAUUUAUCCGUCUUGUCUUGGUCAACUGUUGACCAAAAUAACCCUUAAAAAAAAAAACAGGACACUGGAAAAAUGACCUUUGGCUCUCGCAGCAGUUCGAAGCUUUUAAAAUGUAACGUUCAGGCAGUCUGAUUGCACCACUAAUCUGUUCACAGAUUACCACAAACUCAUUAACUAUGAAGUAAUGAUGUGUCCCAAUGGACUUAUAAUACCCUUUCUCAAACUGCCCAUAUUGUCCUGACUAGAAGCUCAGCGUCCCAUCCAGCUACAGGCUUCCUCACUUUCAGAAAAAAAAUAGCUGCAAUGUCAGUGCUUAUCACUGCAUCUGCUGCUCUGACACAUGGGACUCAAAUGUGGCAGCAGAAACAUUGUUUUCCUACAGAUAGAUUGACAAUUUGGAGCAUCUGAUUUGUACAUCAGCAUGUUUGUCCGCUGCCCUAAAUCCCAACAAGAGGUCUAUGAGAAUGUUUGUCAGAAGCCGAGGGAGCAGUUUCAGGGCAGGCAUGAACAUAAAGCAGCAGAGUGGUGCCAAUUUCACAAUGCAUAAGAUUCGAUAAAACAGUCUGUUAAUCUAAUGCAGCUGAGUGUGACGAAAUAAGAGCCAGGCUGAGCCAACACAAGAGAAAACAUGAACACAGUAGAUUGAUCAGCUGGUAUGAAUUGGAAUCAAAACCUCGGGAAGUUUGUUUUGUGUUAACUCCACCAUCUUUUAACAAAAUUAAAUUAUCAAGCUUUGUCAGUUGAAAAUCACUCUUGAAGGUAUUUCUACUCACUUUCUGCACUACAUAACUUCUUGGAAAGUAUAUAUGAAACUUGUUCAUUGCAAAAGACAGUACAAUACAGCCUUGACUCAUUGUAAGAAGUCAGGAUUGACUGAUGUAAUUUCAGUGGGAAGCUCGUCAUCUUGUUUAGCCAUGAAAAUGAAAUUUUGAGAGUAAAACCCACAGCUGCCAAAUCUUUGUAAUACUUGGGAGUUUCUUUGUAGUGGCUACACAUUGUUGCAUUGGCAAAUAGUUAAUUACACUGUCAUAAUCUGCUGGUUUUGCAAUGAAACAAAGGUUUCACUGUUGAAAUUGCAUUUGCACCCUAAAGACUGAGGAACAGGGGGACAGAUGAACAACUGGCACAAAAGUUUUUGUUCAUUCCUGCUCAGUAUCGAGUGAUAAACAUCAGAAGAAAUGAGAGGUAAUUGAGUAGCUUUACUCAACUACUGUACUUAAGUACAGUUUUGGGGUACUGGCACUGGGGAGAUAUUAACCAUAAAUACCUUUUUGAGUGUAGUACCUUUAUUUCUAUGCCUGAAGCACAUUGAUUUGCCUUCUGUCUGCAUGGUGCUAUAUGAAUAAAUGAUCCUUGCCUCAUCUUACCUUGAGACAAUAUAUCAGAUCCUCUCCCAUUCCAAGAGGUGUCCUUCUAGAGGUCAGGUGGGGAGAAGGGGGCAGGGAGAGGUGUGUAGGGUUGGAGUUUUUUUUUUUCUUUCUCUGGUCCUGACUGGGACAACCCUCCUGAAAGAAAUAGAACAGAGAUGCAUUAAUCAGAGACAAAGAGAUGACUGGAUUAAAGGAUUUGAAAUCCGGCUGCACAGCCACGUCUUUAAACCUCUGCACCUGUGAAAAACCCACAGAGACUGUGACAAUAUGUCUGUCAACCACAAAGUGUGUCACGCUCAAAGACACAUUUAUGUGCUAAAAAUCAAUGUGUAUCUGCAGGUGACUACUGUAAAUGAUCACUACAUAAUAUUGUAUCAGUCGUGUAGUAGUAAGCUUAAAAAUUGCAGAUUAUUCUUACAUAAUUCUUGGUUUGAAUCUGGGAGGCAGGAAACAAUGAGUGAGCAUUUAUAGGAUCUGAUUAAGUCCAAGAUUUAUUUUAAUUUCCUUUGGGAAAUGUGAAUUUAUGCCUCCCUUGUAAAUCAAAAACAUAAAAGCAGAGACAAAUGUGGGAAAAAAAAAAGGAUUUAAACCCAGAGAUCACCUGAGUGGGGUGACCUUUUGCCGUCAACAACCAUUUAUCUGUGCUCAAGUUUGGGUCUAAUAACAAGAACGUGACUAACUCAAUAUGUUGUGUACCCCUAGCAACUCUUCACUGCCAUCCAGUGGUCAUUUAUUGCUAGGUUCUACCCAUCAAAAUACAGUCUGUCAAUGUUUCAUGGACCACUUUACUCAGCUUCAGGACCGUAACAAGAACUUUGUUAAAAUGAUUUGCAACUGUAUGACAUCCAUGUGCUUUCAUGUCAGACUUAUAAUCUGCUGUUUUGGGGACUACUUGUCUAUGUAUUGUGGGGUUGGAGGCCUAAUAUAUUUCAAAUAUGAGUAUAUAAUAUGACUUUACAGCAAAAAAAAUAAUUAGACGAAUUGUUUUUUUAAAAAUGGCACAGCAUAAAUAACAACAGAUAUUUAAAACUGUCAAAACAAUAUCUCACAUUAAAAUCUUCCACAAAGGAGAAAAAAAAAGGAUAUUUUGUAUUUAGUUGCUGCACUGUACAUAUAAUUAUGGUGUCCAUAAUUAACCAUCCAGACAAUUACUGGAAAGUACUUCACUGAUAUUGAAAGUGAAAACUAUGUAGCCUAUCAGCUUCCAGGAGGCAAUAGCCUAAUCGUGUGAAUGAAAAUAACCCAAGUCCUUCACUAAUCCCUGCAUAUCCUUUUUAUCUCGGGAUUCAGACCAGUCGGAGCAGUAUGGAGCUGUGAGCCUGCACAACCACGAUGCAUCCGAUGUCCCGUUAGACUGAGUAGCAGCGCCUAUAUUUUUUUGAAUUGUAGUUUAGUUGCAUAGCGUUUAGUAACUUGCGGGAAGAAAAAUGAGUCGACAUUUUACUGCCGCUUUUUGCUUGGCUUUAGUUUUUCUUCCUCUGUUGGGGAGUUCGUGUCCUGCACAAUGCAGCUGCUUCUUCCACAAAUUGAGCGACGGAUCAAAAGCCAGGAGUGUGCUUUGCAAUGAUCCAGAAAUCACAGUGGUUCCUCCAAAUUUCCCCACUGACACAUCAAAGCUUCGUAUUGAAAAAACAGCCAUCACAAGGAUUUCUAGCGACAACUUCCACUACCUCAACAACCUGGAGUUUCUCUGGAUGUCUUUUAAUUCACUGAAUUCACUGAACAUUGACAGUUUCCGGGGUCUUUACAACCUGGAUGAGCUCAGGCUAGAUGGAAACUCUCUCACCACCUUCCCCUGGGAGUCUCUGACUGAUAUGCCAAACCUGAGGCUCCUCGACUUACACAACAACAAGAUCUCCACCAUACCUCCAGAGGCCACCAUGUACAUCAAGAAUAUCACCUAUCUGGACCUAUCCAGCAAUAGUCUGGUGACCAUUCCUGCUGACGUUCUCACCAUGUGGCUGAGCACGAAGCCACCCCAGGACACAGAUUCGUCCAAACUAAUUCUCGGUCUCCAUGACAACCCAUGGCUGUGUGACUGUCGGCUGUAUGAUCUGGUUCAGUUUCAGAAGUCCCCAUCAUCAUCUGUGGCUCUAAUUGACACCAGACUGAGGUGCGCUGAUCCAGAGAGCCUGUCGGGGGUUCUUUUCACCGAGGCAGAACUUCAGCGGUGCCAGGGCCCUCGGGUGCACACGGCUGUGGCUCGUGUUCGGAGCUCACUGGGGAACAAUGUUCUGCUGCGCUGUGGCACAGUUGGAGUCCCCAUCCCCGAGCUGUCCUGGAGCCGCGCUGAUGGCAAGAAAAUGAAUGGCACCGUUCAGGAAGAGAUUUCAAAAGAGGGCAUCAUUUGGUCAAUUCUGAGCGUGCCCGCAGUCUCCUACCGUGACUCUGGGAAAUAUGUAUGCAAAGCAACCAAUUUUGUGGGCACUGCAGACGCCAUCAUCUCCUUGGUGAUCACAGAUUCCUUUCGGUCAGAGGAGACAGGUGGUGGUGUUUCUAAGAGAAACAGAGGGAAGAAACCUGGUGGCAUUGGAAGAGCAGCAUACCAGGAGAAACUUAUUGCCAGAUAUGUUCCUCCACCAACUGCCACAGCUGCACAGCCCAUCAUCGAACCUCUCAAUGGCAAAAGCGUGACUGGGAAGUAUGAGAUCGAGAGCUACAGCAUCUCCGAUGGUGCUUCUCGGGGACGAGGCAAGGCGUCAGACCCUCAGGGGCCGGUGGAGGUGGAGCGGAAUGUUUUGAGUAACUUAGCAGCUAAUGCCUCCUCCUUGCAGCAAGCUCCAGAGAAAAGGGUAGUGCGUUCGGUCAAAGUGAUUGGUGACACUGACCACACAGUCUCCCUGAACUGGCGAGCCCCCAUGGCCACAAACACCACAGAAUUUAGUGUCCUAUAUGCUGUAUUUGGUGAAAGAGACAUGCGCCGGAUCAAUGUGGGUGCCGGAAAGAACCGGAUCACCAUUGAUGGCCUUGUGCCCAAGACAAAGUACAUUGCUUGCGUUUGCGUCAAAGGCCUGAUCCCGAAAAAGGAGCAGUGUGUAAUCUUCUCAACAGAUGAGGCAGCCAGUGCUAGUGGCACUCAGAAGCUUAUUAAUGUGGUGGUGAUAACAGUGGCAUGUGUGAUUGCUGUCCCUCUGACACUGAUUGUGUGCUGCGGGGCAUUAAAGAAGCGCUGCCAAAAGCUACUGGGGCGUCAGACCAAGGAGAUGCAGGACUCGUACGUCACAUUUGAGACCCUCGGCCCCGGGACCAAAGCUAAAGGGAUGGAGGGCGAGUAUCUGACCAGGUUAAACCCUGAUGAAUCCAACAGGCUGCUCUCAGCAAGGUCCAGUGUUGACUCAGAGGCCACUGCCAGGACUGAGGGACCACCUAAUGAGUACUUCUGCUAAAACCAAAUGUAUGCCUCAAUCUCCAGAGGAUGCACUUUGUUGUCUAACAGCCUGUGAUGUGAAUAAGUAAACCACGGUGCUCAGAGACUCAAAAGACUUAAAUAAUCCUCCUCUAAGGGUCCUCAGAGGACAAUGAUUGCUCUGUCAGUAUUGGAUGUAUGAAAUUAUUAUACAGCCUUGAGGGAAUCAAAACCACCAUUCAUUUGGUGGACAGCAAAAAAGGGAAAAUAUUCACUGUUGGUUCCAAUAUUUACAUGUGUUAUAAAUGUGUAUAAAUAACUUUUUUAUUCAUCAUGCACUUUUAAAGGUAAUGUUUUGCAGAGGGAAAUGUCUUGAAAUGUUCCCCUUAACUGUCUAAAACCCAAUCAAUUUAAUUUUCCUCUGCAUUAUGUUAAAAUAUUUAUUUAAAACAUCAAAUAUUUAGAGAAAUGAUGAACCAGCAGUUAUUAGUCUAUUUUAUAUGUCGGUAUGAUGUUAAUGUGCCAGUUUUACUGUUGGCUCAACAACCUAAAAUACAGUACAUUUUAUAACGUGUAAAUAUGUGUGACCCGAAAUAUAUGUGUAUUCAUGAAUAUACUGUAUAAAAAUAAAUAUUUUUUAUAUUGA